AUGGCUACGCCAUUUUUUAUAGAAGUUGCUAGGAGGUAUCUUGCUAAUAUGAUAGUAAUUGAUGAAUUGCCCUUUAGAUUUGUGGAAGGGGUUGGUUUUAAGAGGUUUUGUAAUGCCGUGCAACCCAAGUUCAAGAUGCCAUCUCGAUAUACCAUUGCUAGGGACAUUGUAGACAUAUAUACUAAUGAAAAGAAGAGGCAAUUUUCAAGUAGUGGGAGUACGUCGGAAUUGGAUAAGUACUUGGGUGAUAUUGAGAAAGGUGGGAAGAAUGCUCAAUUUGACAUCUUGGAGUGGUGGAAGGUUAAUGCAACAAAGUAUAGAGUGUUAUCACUUAUAGCACAAGAUGUGUUAGCAAUGCCUGUUUCCACUAUUGCAUGUGAGUUUGCUUUUAGUACAGGAGGUCAUAUACUUGAUAGAUUUCGUAGUUCACUUACUCCCAAGAUGGUGGAAGUUCUUUAUCACUCCACUGCUGGGUUCAGUGACUGA